CCUGCUUUACCAGCUCUCACUCAGAGUUGAUAACACAGGAUGUCACCAGUCAUCGCUUGAAUGAAGAAAGCUGAAAUGGACCUCAGAUCACUCCCAGGUUUCUCUUUUCUGCAUACAACCCAGGAAGAAUUUUAAUAGGAUUUUUUUUUAAAGCAUGCUGCUUUUUAAACCAUUCUUUUUUGGUUCUGAUGUUCACAGUUUGGUGCUGCUGCUUCUAAGACAGCAUGGGGUAUGAAUAAUGUUUGCUUUAGAAAACUAACACUAAACUUCUCUUUAUGGCGAAUCAUGAGUGACUCUAACUUGAGGAAUGAAAGUAACUAUGGGCUGCAUUUGGACGCGUUUAACACAUCCGCUCUGGAGCGCAUCUUUCCAGAUGACAACAUCACAAAAUGCGGUAACUUCACCAUGGACCCGCAGGUCGUCGGCACCGGGAUCUUCCUCGCCGUUUUCAUUCUGGUGGCCAUCGUUGGGAAUAUUUUGGUCAUCCUGUCCGUAGUGUGCAACAAACACCUGCAGAACACCACAAACUUCUUCAUCGUGAACUUGGCAAUGGCAGACCUUCUGCUGAGCAUCAUCGUGCUGCCUUUCUCCGCAUCCUUAGAGGUGCUGGGAUGCUGGGUGUUCGGCCGGGUCUUUUGCAACAUCUGGGCAGCUGUGGACGUACUCUGCUGCACCGCAUCCAUCCUAAGCCUGUGCAUCAUCUCCAUAGACCGGUACAUCGGGGUGAAAUACUGCUUAAAAUACCCGAGCAUUAUGACAGAGCGAAGGGCAGUGGCCAUCCUUGCGCUUGUGUGGGUUUCUUCCACGGUGAUCUCCGUGGGACCGCUCCUUGGAUGGAAGGAACCUCCACCGGAGCAUGAGUCUGUGUGCGGGAUCACAGAGGAGCCGGGCUACGCGCUCUUUUCUUCGCUCUUCUCCUUUUACCUCCCGCUCCUGGUCAUACUGGUUAUGUAUUUUAGGGUGUACGUUGUGGCCCGCAGGACCACCAAAAGCUUGGAAGCGGGGGUCAAACGGGAGAGAAACAAGUCCGCGGAAGUUGUGCUGCGGAUUCACUGCCGCAGCGUGCUGGAGGACGCGCGCUCCACCAGCUCCAAGAGCAGCAAGAAUCAUCCGUUCAGAAGUUCCCUCUCUGUGCGACUCAUGAAGUUCUCCCGGGAGAAAAAAGCUGCCAAAACUCUUGCUAUCGUGGUUGGGAUGUUUAUCCUCUGCUGGUUGCCUUUUUUCUUCUUUCUACCGUUAGGUUCCUUUUUCCCAGCAUUGAAACCAUCCGACACUGUUUUUAAGUUUAUCUUUUGGCUGGGAUACUUCAACAGCUGCAUUAACCCGAUGAUCUACCCUUGCUCCAGCAAAGAGUUCCAGCGGGCUUUUACUCGGCUCCUGAGAUGCCAGUGUCAUCAAAAGAGGAGGGUUCUGCGUCGCUUCUAUGACCAGAGAUGGAGAACAGCCAUCAAGGGAAUGACUAGAGAGCAGAGAAGGGACUACACUGCUGGUUAUCCUAUGCACGAAUCCUGUGGAAGGUCCUUGAUACACAAGAGGAAACAUUGCUCACUAGGCUUAAAAAAAAUUAGCCUUUUUUCACCAUUACAAAAGUCCUCCUUCCAGUUUAAAGAAAAAGUGACUGAUCUGUCCAAUAAAAUCAAAGGGGGCACAGGAAAAGGUUCCCCACCUGCCCUGAGUCAGGCUGAUACAGUGGACACAGUCUCUAUGGGAAUUUACAGUUCCUGUGAGCAGAGCAGUUUUCAGUUAUAUGAUCUGGCAGAGUGUUACGGCCUUAAAGAGACUGACAUUUAGAGAGCCUCAGAGGGGAACUUUAACUAUUUUCAAAGAUCCAUGCUGAUCCAGCUUUCUGCAGACAGAGUCUGUUUGGGGCUUGAUUCUAUGGUCAGGAAAUGGAAGAGAAUCAACCCUUAGAACAAUGAAACCAGCACACACUGGACCUAAAAUCUUUACAUCUUUUUAAGUUGUGUUUAUGUACAAGAUGUGAUUAAAAAGCCAAAGUUUAGACUCCUUUACUUUAUUUCAUUUUAACACACAUUCACAUUAUUACAUAACGUGGAUGUUUGUCUGUUGAUGUAUUUUGAUAAAUUAGAGUUCUGACAGCCUCCUUGUGUUCAAUUAUAAGGCAACCAAUGGUGUGUGUUAUAAAACUGUGAAAUCUGUUGACUUUUUAAAGAAAAGGAGGAACAAAAUAUGCUGCUUUGAAAAACUUAGACAUGAGUCAAAGUGCAACUUUUAAUUUAGACUCUGAAGUGUAAUAAACACAAUUGCAUUCCCUUUCAGACAGGGAGGCUUUAAAAGAGAAGAAGAAGAGUGUUUGCAAAGUUUAGAUUUUUCAUGUAUAUGACAACUUGGCAUACAUAUGUAUAUAUAUAAUUGUAGUAUGAAUUUCAAAGUGAACACUAAUGUGAAAUGAAUGUGCUUCUUUGCAUUUUGUAUUGUAAUGUUUGUUAUGUAAAGCAAAA